AUCAACCAUGUGAUAAGUCCAGUACAAAAGUGAUGCUUCGCUAUAGCUAAUUUUUCUCCAGUUGAAUACCAAUGGAGGUUUACAACUGUACACCACCUGCAAUUAAAGAAUUCCCUGAAGGUUUAUUCUCAAGACACCAAAUAGAAAAUGGAGCUAUUGCUGUACACGUUUUAGUCACACUGUAUUUAUUUAUAGCUAUAGCUACAGUUUGCGAUGAGUAUUUCGUUCCGGUGGUGGAAAAAGUAUGUCGUAUUCUCCACGUCCCUUCCGACAUCGGAGGAGCUACUUUCAUGGCAACUGCGACAUCUUCACCGGAACUUUUUAUAAACAUCAUCGGUACUUUUGUUACAAAAGGGGAUAUUGGUCUUGGUACUAUUGUAGGAUCGGGUGUAUUUAAUAUUUUGGCCGUAACAGCUGCUUGUGGACUAACUUUGGCGAUCACUGGAAAAGAAUUGAUAUUGGAUUGGUGGCCGCUUACCAGAGACUCCCUUGUGUAUGCUAUAUCAGUAUGUCUUCUUAUUGGUUUUUUGAAUGACGAAAAAAUUGAAUGGUAUGAGGCAAUGACAUUAGUUUUGGUGUAUUUGAGUUACAUAGUAUAUUUGUUUUUCGAUAAAAAAGUUCAAGGAUUAUUUCAAGGAAAAAACCUUGUUGGUGGUGUGGCAAAAUCAAAUGAAGAAAUUAAAGUUGAAGAAGGUGAGUCCGAAGAUAAUAGCGUUUCAUUAUGGAAGUGGCCAAGAGAUAUCAGUUGGAUUAAGCAGGCUUUAUGGUUUAUUAAUUGGCCAAUUAAUUUUCUAUUUUUCAUAUCUAUACCAAAUAGUGAAAAAUUAAAAUCAAAUUUUUGGAUUCCCAUAACGUUUAUAACGUGCAUAUUAUGGAUUGGAGUUUUAUCUUACUUACUGUCAUGGAUGAUAACUGUUAUAGGUGACAUAUUGGGAAUUCCAGAUUCAGUUAUGGGUAUAACAUUUUUGGCAAUUGGAGCUGGUGUACCUGAAGCAGCUUCGUCCAUAGCAGUUGUUAAAAAGGGAAAAGGUGCUAUGGGUAUCAGCAAUUCAUUGGGAUCUAACACAUUUGAUAUAUUGUUGUGUUUGGGUGUACCUUGGUUGUUGAAAUCAACUAUUGUUUCUAAACAAAAGUGGGUAAACAUCAACUCUUCAGGUCUUCAAUACAGUACAAUCACUCUUUUAAUUACUUUGGUAGCUUUCUAUCUAGCACUAACUUUUAACAAAUUCAAAUUAAAUAAGUUCGUUGGAUUGUAUUCAUUAAUAAUUUAUGUUAUUUUUAUUAUAUUGGCUACCUUAAUCGAACUUAAUACAUUUUUUGUUGUCAAUUUACCAACUUGUAAAGAGUAAACGGUAAACGGAAUUUGAUCGAUUGGAUAAUUUGAUACGAUAGAAUACUUUUAAAUAAUGUUAACAAUCAAUUUUUUAUUAUUAAUAAAGGCAAAUUAUAA